ACAGUCAGAGCUGUGACUGCUGUACAUUAUGUACAGACAUGUUAAGGAUGUGGGAGGGGAAACUUUAUUCUGAAAUGUCAAUCUCUCAGACAGGAAGAAAAGUGAGGCAUAGGGGCACUAAAGUGGGCACAAUAUCAGUACAGUACCGACACUGAAUAAUGAGAAGCCAUGUUUAGACUACAGAACGGUAAAAAAUUUUCUUUCACAUUUGUAUGAUUUCAUUCCCGCGUCUCCACCGGGAGAUUAAGGUCGGGGAUGAAGUUGUAAGCUUCAGUGACAAAAUCUAGCUGUCAGAGAGAGAUGUACUUUUGCACCUAGAGGAGGUACUUGUUACUGUAAUCACUGAGGUAAAUGUGAAACAAAACAAAAAGACUGUAGUUGUGUAACUGACUGACACAAUAUCCUGCCACUGCACAGAAACAGGCACAGAUCAAUUCAUUUUAACUACGCACUGAGUAAAUGAUUUCGUUAUCUUUAUGAUUCAAAUCCUGUUCUAACUAAAACAAGUAUUGUUACAGAGGACACUCUGGGACUACAUUAUGCGUGGGCCUGUCAGCAUAUAAACAAGAGAAAAUCUACAUCCUGCUUUGGAAAUGGCUUCAUUUUGUGACAUAAAGCCGGCGCUGUAUAUUUCCCACCAAAUCACCCAAAUCAAAUAAACAUACGGAGGGCAGCAGGUAGAAAUAGCUCAUUUUCACAUGGUUUCAAUUUUCUACACAGCCUCCAUACUUUUUUAAGUUAAUUUAUGAGCAAAACAUAGGGGAUAACUUCUAGUCAUGUAGGGUCUUUACAUUUCUACUAAAGACUGAAAUGCUGAGACCAGGUUUCCAGACUGAAACCCUUUGAUAACACACAGGUGAUCUCUAUUUAAUUAAUAACAUGACUUCUAAAAACCAGUUGGCAACACCAGAGAUGACUGGCUUGUUCUAUUGACGGUGUUGAGUACCUGUGCAAGUAUUUUGUAUUUUACAUUUGUAAUUAGUUUGUAAUUGGUAGAUCACUUUGUAGAGAUCUGUUUUCACUUUGUUAUUUAUGUGUCAUUUUGUUGACCACUGUCAAAAGCCACAUUAAAUCCCCUUUGAUUCAAUGUUGGAAAGCAUGAAAAUUUCCAAGGGGGUUUCACACUUCACAGGCACUGUUCUUUCCUCUAAUUAGCUACAAGUCAACCAAAAACACAUUUAUAGUAUUUUUCUGUUGUUUAUACAGUAUCAGCUGUCUAACAUGUGGAAAUACAGCAUCGGAUUUGAACCUCAUCUAAACCUCAUACUGGUUAUUCGCAGCAGAUGAGUAAAUGUGGGUUAGAGACUGCUCGCUUGUUUCCUUCCUCCUCCUCCAAGCACUCGGCUCAGUUCAAGGAAAUUGCUCCUGUCUUGCACAGACUGCCGGCCCGCCUUUGUAAAAUGAACAGUACAGUUCACACGCUGGUAACUUUAUUCUCUACAUUCUACAAUUUGCUAUAAAGAAGCAAUGAAGGACAUACUGGUACUACUGGUUCUGCUGAAUGUCCACGUUACCAAGGUAAGCCCUGUGUGUUGACUGUGAGUCUGUUAUGCAUGGUGUUGCUCGGGACAUCGGACAGGUUGGAUAUCAGCGGGUGUGACCAACGCACUGCUCAGAGAUAAUAUACACUUGUGUGAGGUUAAACAAUGUCACGAGUGAGUGUGAAGUUAAACAUUACAACUAUAAAGUACAUUCAAAAUCAGCAUUUAAAAAUGUGUUAAAUGAUUUUUGUGUCAUAUAGCUGAAAGUUUUUUCCUCGCUUUUAUACAUGUUUUUCAUAGUCCGGCUAUCUUUGUACCCUGGCAUGGAGCCAAAACAGGAAUUUCUCAUUUCUUGUAAAACGCUUCUUAAAAAUGUUCUUUUCUACAUCAAUAUCAGUUUAGUCCUUAGUGUAAAAAUGAUACAUUACAGUAGAAAAAGAUUUAACACAUAGUUGUGGUGUGAUGGACCUGUAUGAAUAUUUGGUUUCAGUUGUUUGGCAUCUAAUGCAGUUUCAAGGUGAAUAUCUCACUGUUAAAGCCAGUCAGGAAAUGAUUUUUACUUCCAGUAUUACUGUGAAUUUCUCUUGAAAAUGGUGAGUUUGUUUGGGCAUACAGCCAAGAGAAAAAGGAAACAACAGAAUGUUCUCUGUGACAUACUGCCGGUAAUUAAGAACAUGAAGUUUUCACAGAAGCUUGUCUUCAUCGUCACACCCCGUGCUACCAGUGGUCACACUGUGCGCUCCUGAGCCGAGGGCUUCUGGGUUGCCGCCUCUGUUUCCUGUAAUUCGAGAAAUAACCUGCUGCUGUCAGCAUAUUUUAACUUUUGCUUGUCAUUGGAGGGCACUGCGGUGAACUGGUUUCACGUCUUUAGCGCAGGACAGGUGUGUGAAUCACACUUUGUCAUGACUUCCUCCAGCACACCAAUACUGUGUGCGAGCUGUAUUGAGAGAGAAAGAGAGAGGUUGUGCGUGAAUUACUGCAUUGAUGCAUGUGUGCAGUGCCCCGAGUCCAAGGAUUUUGGAGGGCCCCACAGAGAGGAGAGAUAAAGGUUUGGUCUGUGCCCUAUCCAGUAGCGUCAGGUGGAAAGUGUAACGACUCGGUAAGAGAGUAUGUGCCAGAAUAUUCUCACCUGUGUUGCAAGAAGUGCCCCCCUGGACAGCGACUGAAAAAGCCGUGCUCUGAAACUGAAGAGACUGAGUGUGAAUCAUGUCCAAAGGGCCAGUACAUCACGGACUGGAACUAUAGUGAAAAAUGCUUCUCCUGUUCCAAAUGCAAAACAAGAAAAGGUCUGCAGCCAGCCCAGAAUUGCUCCUCUACUGCAAAUUCCAACUGUGUGUGCCAGCCUGGGAUGUUUUGCAUCAUGGAUUUUAUUGAAAGAAAUGUACAAUGCAGCGAAUGUCAGAAGUACACUGAAUGCAAUGCCGGUUUUGGAGUCUCUGUGUCAGGGAAAGCAAACAAAGAUGUGGAGUGUGAACCGUGCCCUGCCGGGACGUUCUCUGACACAGUCUCCUACAUGGACCCCUGUCGGCCUCAUACAAACUGUCAUGGGAGGGCUGUUGUCCAAACAGGCAACACUACCUCAGACACAGUGUGUGAAUCAGGGGCCAGCACACAGCCUCAGACCUCAACAAGUGAGCCUGCGUACACAACUUCAAGUCCAGGGAUGAGGAGAACUGAUAUGUCCUACCCAACAAAAAGCCCAUCCCUAAGUACAGAAACUGACAAUAAACUGGUUGCAGUCAUCACCACUGUGAUCACUGUGAUCAUUUUCCUUUUGAUUAUCAUCAUUAUUGGGCCGCGCAUUCGUAAAGCAAUCUGGAAUAAAGACACUGCAAGAUUUCCCAAAGUAGAUGCAAACGGAAACUGUCAAAGUGGUGAUGAAAUCAAUCAAACUCAGCUGACUUCAUUCACAGUUACCACGGCAGAACAACAGUGUCUGCUGGAGAAAGUGGAAGCCGGCAAUGACCUCAGUCAGUGUAGCAGCAAUACUGACACUUUAACCAGAACAGAUGGCUGCAGCAGCCACGAGUCUAUCAGCCCUUUGCAAUCCACCCUAGCCCUUGACAAUCCUUACUCUGCUCUGUCGGAGCCCAUGACCUUAAUGUCCAACACUGAGCCUAUCACACCGCAGCCCAGUAUCCCAACAGAGUCCUCCUUUCAGUCCACAAGCCCGCAGAUCAUCAGCCCCGUGACCCCCAGUCCCCAAGUCAACGUCAACAUCACUUUCCACAUUGGAAACGGGUCUAGCAAGACACCAUCCGUCAUACCCACAGACUCAUGCGUCAUGCAGACAGACCCUAAACUCCCCUUUGGAGAGGAAGAAGAGUGCUCAUGUAUCCCACAGCAAGAAGCCGGCAAGCAGUCGCUGAUGUCAGUGCAGGAGAGCACUAGUUACAGUACAUGAGUCGCCUGCAUCAACACCUUCUUUCUAUAAUGAUACAACAUUUAAAAUAAUAUUUCUGACUGACAAAAGCACUUGUAAGUGUAGUAUGUUUCAUGACAAGAAACAUACUAAUGAAAUGACAGAUCAACCUCCACUUUGUGUGUUUAUAUGUAUAAAUAGUACUGUGUAAAUAAACAUGUGAAUAUUGUAUUUUCA